GGGUUUUGGCUUGGAGGAAUAGAGUUGGUUUUGGAGUAAUAGAGUGGGUUUGGGGGAAUAGAGUGGGGGGCUCAGUCACGUGUGCAAUAAGGCAGGGAGUUGUGUCCAGCCAUGUUGUCAGAUUUAGAUCUUAUUGGGACAAUCCAGGACGAAGAUGAGAUUCCAGAGGAGGCAGAGUCUGACGAGGAAGAGGAGGAGCAGAAAAUCGUCCUGGGCAAGAAGAGGCAGAAGCAGAGCGGCCACAGCGCCGACUUCAACGCAGACUUUGUGUUUGGGGAGCGAGACGGCCUCAGCGACGACAGCUGGAUAAUGGCCGACGUCAUGAAGCAGCUGAAAAAGAGAGUGGCCACAAGCCUGGACGAGAAGAUUGAAACUGUUAGAAGAAAAAGGAAGAAUCAGGAAAAGGCAGAAAAAGCAAAACUGUCAGAAAACACAGAGGAAGAUGUGAAGAGUGAGGAAGAGGAGGAGGAGAAGGAAGAAGAAGAAGAAGAGGAGAAGGAAGAAGAAGAAGAAGAAGAGGAGAGUGAGGAUGAGUUUUCAUCUGAGGAAGAGAUUGUUCUUACAAAAGCAGACACUCUGAGAGUUAAAGAGAAAAAGAAGAAAAGGAAAGGUGUAGGGAACUCUGGGUUUUCUGAGGACGCUUCCCAGUAUGAUGAAAGUCUCACAUUUCAGGACAUGAAUCUCUCUCGCCCACUUCUCAAGGCAAUAUCUGCAAUGAGCUUCACCCAACCAACACCCAUCCAGAAAGCCUGUAUCCCUGUAGGGUUACUGGGAAAGGAUAUCUGUGCUUGUGCAGCCACCGGAACAGGUAAAACUGCUGCUUUCAUGCUUCCAGUCUUGGAGCGUCUCAUAUACAAGCCCCGGGAGGCUCCGGUAACCCGUGUUUUAGUUCUCGUCCCCACCCGUGAGCUGGGAAUUCAAGUUCAUGCAGUCACCAGGCAGCUGGCCCAGUUUACAGAGGUCACGACAUGCCUUGCUGUGGGGGGUUUGGAUGUGAAGACCCAGGAGGCGGCCCUGCGUUCAGGUCCUGAUGUUCUCAUUGCCACUCCUGGGAGACUGAUCGACCAUCUACACAACUGCCCUUCCUUCAGCCUGAACUGUAUAGAGGUUCUUAUCCUGGACGAGGCAGACAGGAUGUUGGAUGAGUAUUUUGAGGAGCAGAUGAAAGAGAUCAUCAGACUGUGCUCCCAUCAGCGACAGACUCUGCUCUUCUCAGCCACAAUGUCAGAGGAGGUUAAAGACUUGGCUUCCGUGUCGCUCAGGAACCCCGUUCGUAUCUUUGUGAACAGCAACACCGAUGUCGCCCCAUUCCUGCGGCAGGAGUUUGUCAGGAUCCGGCCAAAUCGAGAGGGCGACAGAGAAGCCGUUGCUUGCGCUCUUCUCACCCGAACGUUCCAAGACCAUGUGAUGCUUUUCACUCAGACUAAGAAACAGGCUCAUCGCAUGCACAUCCUGCUGGGGCUCAUGGGACUGCAAGUGGGGGAACUGCAUGGAAAUCUCUCUCAAACACAGAGACUGGAGGCGCUCAGGCGAUUCAAGGAUGAGCAGAUCGAUAUUCUGGUGGCUACGGAUGUGGCAGCUCGAGGUUUGGACAUUGACGGGGUUAAAACGGUGAUCAACCUCACAAUGCCGGGCACAGUUAAACACUAUGUACAUAGGGUCGGCCGAACGGCUCGUGCUGGCAAGGCCGGGCGUUCUGUGUCUCUGGUGGGGGAGGAAGAGAGGAAGAUGCUGAAGGAGAUCGUAAAGAAGGCCCAGGCUCCGGUGAAGGCUCGAGUCAUUCCUCAAGAUGUGAUUUCCAAGUUCCGAGACAAGAUCACAAAGUCCGAGAAAGAGAUCUACGCCGUGAUGCAACUGGAGAAGGAGGAGAGGGAGAUGCAGAUGUCCGAGGCUCAGAUCAGUGUGGCCAAAAAGAAGCUGCAGCAAGAGAAGGGGGGAGAGGCUCAACCAGAGAGGAGCUGGUUCCAAACAAGGGAUGAGAGAAGGAAAGAGAAACUGUCGCACGCCCUGCAGGAGUUUGACUUGGCUAUGAGAGGGAAAAAGAAGAGGAAGAAGUUUCUGUCAGACUCAAAGAAGAAAGGAGAGUUGACGUCAGAGGAGCGCUCCCAGUUUGAGGUGCUGAAAGCUCAGAUGUACGCAGAACGGGCGGCCAAGAGAGACCGCAAGCCAAAGAGGGCGCGAGCUAUGCCACCUGAGGAGGAACCAGGAGCCUCAAAUAUAAAAGCGAAGAAGCAGAAGAAACACACGGUGUUUGACGAGGAAUUAACCAACACCAGUCGGAAGGCUCUGAAGAAGUACAGGGCAGGCCCCUCGUUUGAAGACCGAAAACGACUGGGAAUCAAUCAGCGAAAGAAAGGAGCCGGUUUCAAGUCCAAAUCCCGGUAUCGAAGAAAAUGAUUGGCCUGUUGAAAAAGAAA